AUGUUCACAGUACUGACAAUCUGCUUUAGGAAAGAACAACCCAAGACCAUGCCUUCCUCAAGCGACCACAACACAGACAAAGAACGCCGCUUGAUCGGCAUCUUCAUCCACUCCUGCGUCCGUCUCUUCUAUGCCGAGCAACACAACCUAAUCAUCCACCUCACUUCCGCAUUCGGCGCAGUCCUCGAAAUGGAAGAAGAAAACCUCGAAUUCCAACUCGAAGACAAGGAUGGACAAGAACUGGUUCAUGCUGAAGAAGCCAGACUGGCCAGAUGGAAGAAUGGCACCAAGAGUGCGCUUGUGUGGUCGGCUGCAGAGCUUGUGGAGGAUGUGGCCAGGGAUACGGUGGGCGAGUUUGGUGUUGUGGAGCAGGAGGUCAUGUUUCAGCUUGCUGAGGACAUGUAUGAUGCUGCUAGGAAGUUGAAGACGCCCAAGAUUGAUUACAUGACCAUCGACGACUGA